UCCAAAGAUGGCUGCGCACAUAAUGCUGCCCAAAGUAACAAGCAUGAUAUCAAACAUUAAAUAUUUGUGUGCACUGAAGAGUAUUAGGAGGUCUUUAGGUUUGUCGUCCACAACAGGAACCACGGAAUUCACGUCCAGGAGAGUUCGUAACAUGUUUACGGAGUUUUUUAAAGAGCGAUACGGCCACCGAGUGGUCCCAUCCGCACCGGUCCGACCAAGAGGAGAUCCCAGCCUCCUGUUUGUCAAUGCGGGCAUGAACCAGUUUAAGCCUGUCUUCCUGGGCACCGUGGACCCUCGUAGUGAGAUGGCGCGGUACCGGCGCGUGGUGAACAGUCAGAAGUGUGUGCGUGCUGGCGGCAAACACAACGACCUGGAGGAUGUGGGCAGAGAUGUGUACCACCACACCUUCUUCGAGAUGCUGGGGAACUGGUCCUUUGGAGACUACUUCAAGGAGGAGGCCUGUGCCAUGGCCUGGCAGCUUCUGACGGACGUCUAUGGGAUCCCCAAAGACCGUCUCUACAUAACGCACUUUGGCGGAGACCCUGCUCUGCCCCUGGCUGCGGACCAGGAGACCCGAGAGAUCUGGCUGGGAUUGGGAGUCCAGCCAGAUCACAUCCUCCCAUUCGGGCUGAAGGACAAUUUUUGGGAGAUGGGGGAGACGGGACCGGAAGCGGAUGGCAGCCUGCGCCCUCUGCCUCAGUUCAGCGUGGACACUGGGAUGGGUCUGGAGCGGCUGCUCACCGUCCUGCAGGGCAAGCGCUCUAACUAUGACACUGACCUCUUCACCCCUCUGCUUGCUGCCAUUCAGGAGUGCUCCCAGGGCCCAGGGUACCGUGGACGGACUGGGGAGGCCGACGUGGGUGGAGUCGACAUUGCCUAUCGGGUGCUGGCCGAUCACAUCCGCACACUGGCGGUCUGCAUCGCUGACGGAGUCUAUCCUGGCAUGUCCGGAGCCGAGCUGGUGCUGCGGAGGAUCCUGCGCCGCGCUGUCCGCUUCUCCGCUGAGGUUCUGCAGGCUCCUCCAGGGGCCCUGGCCAGUCUUGUGCCCACUGUGGUGCAGGUGUUGGGGGAAGCCUAUCCAGAACUGAUCACAGAAACAGAGAGGAUCAAGGAUAUAAUUAAUGACAAUGAGGCCCAGUUCCUGUCCUCUCUGAGGCAGGGGAGGCGUGUUAUCGACAGGACGCUGCAGAAGAUGGAGAACAGCAAGGUGUUCCCAGGGUCUGUGGCCUGGUCUUUACAUCGCAAUUUGGGCUUCCCCCUGGACCUGAUUGGUUUGAUGGUGGAGGAGAGGGGUGUCUCUAUGGAAACAGAUGUACUGGAUAAAUUCGCUUCAGAAAAAGCAAAGCUCUCCGCCCAGGCCCGCCCUUCGGAAAGGGAGAGCCGCACAGCUCUGGAUGUACGCUGCCUGUCCGAGCUCAAGCAGAAAGGGGUUCCAGCCACAGAUGACUCCCUUAAGUAUGCCUACACCCUUGGACAGGAUGGCAGAUACGUGUUCCCCCCUUGCCAGGCCACAGUUCUGGAAUUGUACUGUGGGAUGGCCCUGGUGGAGGAGGUGCCAGAGGGCCAGCAGUGUGGCGUCAUUCUCGACCGAACCUAUUUCUACGCAGAACAGGGGGGGCAGGCUGCUGACCAGGGCUAUUUCACUCGAGAUGGACUACAGGAUGUCCUGUUCCCUGUGGAGGAUGUGUGGCUGGCAGGAGGGUACGUGGUCCAUGAAGUGACCACAGCAGAGACCCUGAGAAGGGGGGACCAGGUGCAGCUCUUUGUGGAUGAGGCUCUGCGGCUGGCCUGCAUGGUGAAGCACACGGCCACCCACAUCCUGAACUUCGCCCUGCGGCAGGUCCUUGGGGAGGGCGUGGAACAAAGGGGGUCUCACGUCACCCCUGACAGGCUGCGCUUCGACUUCAGCGUCAAGGAAGCGCUGAGCACACAGCAGCUACAGCAGGUGGAGUACACUGUGCUGGAUGUCAUUUGGAGUGACGACUGGGUCCACACUGAGGAGCUCCCACUGGGUCUGGCCAAGGGACUCCCAGGGCUGAGAACAGUGGAUGAGAUGUAUCCGGACCCUGUGAGAGUGGUGUCAGUGCGGGUCCCACCCAGAGAGCUGCUGGAGUCUCCCUCCUGCCCUCAGACCUCUGUGGAGCUGUGCUGUGGAACACACUUGCAGAGGACGGGAGAGAUCAAGGACUUGGUCAUCGUGGCUGAGAGGCAGCUGGUGAAGGGAAUCAGCCGGAUUGUUGCCGUCACAGGGGAGGAGGCCAGAGAGGCUCGAGAGGCGGCGCGCCCCCUGGCGCAGGAAGUGGAGUCACUGUCGGCGCGGCUGGGUGCGGCCAGCCCCUCCCUCUCCUCUGCGCACAGACUGUCCAAGGAAGUGGGCCAGCUGACCGACGUGCGUAGCUUCCCUGCUCUUCACAAAGGAAGACCUGAAAGGGAUUAUGCAGCUGCCAAGAAGGUGCAGGCUCUGUUGAAAAGACACACAGACAAGAGGCUGGUGGUGGACACUGUGGAUACAGACUCAAUCUCUGUUGUGAUGAAGACGGUCAAUCAGUACAGUGACCAGUCGCCAGGGGCAUCCGUGAUGCUGCUGUCCCACCUGCCAUCGGGGAGGGUGCUGUGUGCCUGCCAGGUUCCCAAGGGCUCCCGAUCUCUCUCUGCUUCCGAAUGGGCUCUGGCUGUCUGUACCCGGCUUGGUGGCAAUGCAGGGGGCUCUGCCACUGUGGCCAAGGGCACAGGAACUGCCCAGGAUAUUGGAGAGGCUCUAAGAUGGGCUCAACAGUUUGCACAGAGCAAGGCUGCACACUGAGCUCACUGUGACCUGCAGCAAUGACUGUGGCAGACUGUAAUAUUGGGAACUGGCAGGCUCCAGUGUGUUGGCUUUUUUAUAGGAUUAUGUUGGAUUUAUGGGAUGAGCAAAAACACUUUUCAUAAUGAUAUGAUCCUAUAACCUGUUGCUGUGUACAGUUUUUUGUAUGCAAGUUCCAGCAUGCAGCUAGAAAAUCCACAUUAAGAAUUUGGAGUAAUUGCAUUUACUGGAAAUAUUCAUGAGGCUUUUUUUUUUCUGAAGCCCCCCACACAAUAGUUUGUGAUGUCAAUGUAGCACUUGUGACGAAACAACGGUUGUUCUUAAACUGAACAGGAACUCACUUGUAUGCCCGAUGUUACCUUGUCUGGCCAGAGGCCACGGUGCUCCAGAAUGUGCAGUUACCCCAAGGGCUGAAUGAACAGGGAGGUUUCCACCACUUCUUCAGAUUCAGCCACUCAAAGCGACUUUCUUUGUAUUGUGAUAUCAAAUUGACAUUAUUCAUAAAGAUCUUGAGGGGCCGCGAUGUGCUUUCAUGGUCCGUACAA